AGUCGCGCGGGCUUAUAUAAACGGGCAGCGGCCGCUUCGCCUUCGCAGAGCCGUAUCUCCACCGUCGCUGGACGACACGCCACCCACCCUCGCAGGCACUUCUUCGACAGGCCCUCUUCUUCGUCAACUCCCCGAUUUUCGUCGGCACUAAGAUGCAGCCCAAGAUGACUGUCUUGUGCACACUGCUGGCUUUCAUAGUAGUCGUCGCGGUCUCGAGCCUCACAGCCGAUGCAAUGCCGCACAGCCAUGAAAGUUAUUGGGAUCAGCAGGAUGAUAUAGAUCGAGAUGAGUUCCUAGAGAUACUCUCUCGUCUUAGUCGCACCGUCAUGAACCGCCCCGAGAUGGAAAACAGCAAACGAGGAUUGGAUCUGGGUCUCAGUCGUGGCUUCAGCGGAUCUCAGGCGGCGAAACACUUGAUGGGACUCGCGGCAGCGAACUACGCCGGUGGUCCCGGACGGAGGCGUCGCUCGGAACAGGCGUAGAUCGCAAACACGAGAUCGUCAAUGCAGAGAAAUUACUAUCCAUAACAACUCUUAAUAAUGUCACUUCCGACUCGAUCCUUCCACUUCGUCUCUACCUCGAGCUUGAAUCGCCGAUGUCGAAAUUGCCGUUGCCAGUGGCGUGACUAGACGAGCAUACCCUCUCGACACUAAUUAUUCCCCCCCUUUUCUUCUCCUUCUAAUUAAACUUGUAGAAUCUGUAUAGACACGCAUAUACUUCUCUGCUUUCUCAGAGAGUGAGUAGCAUAAGUUCGUUAUGAAUCAAGAAUUACGAUCAUAGUGAAUUGCAAUCAAUGUUAUGCACUUUAAUCGGUGUUGAUAAAUUUCAUCGAUUUUUCAUCUCUCUUCAUCCCUUGCACCCCAAAAUUUUACUACACCUAAAGCUCUUAUGUCUAGUUACACUGCUGGCCUUUCGUGUCCGCUUCGCUAAAUGCGAAUUACUCUUCUCUCUUUUGUAUCAUUUAUUUUGUAUAGGCGGACGCGAUAAUGUUACUUGAUGUGAAUGCUUUUGUUUAAAAUAAUAGUUUAUCUAUAGAAAGUUUCAAAUCGUAUAAUGAUUUUAUAUAAAUUCCGCGUUUGAUUUUCAAUUAAAGAUUAAUUAAUAGUAAAUUUGACAAAUCCGCUAAACGAUUAUACAAAUGAAUUAGAUGCGAUUCAGUUAUCGAUUCGCACGAAUAAUUACUGAAUACUGAAUAUUAAGCCUUGUGUCUCUACGCAUAUAAUAACAAAUUUAAUAUAACAACAAAUUGUAUAGAUUAAAAUAAAUUAAGUCAUCGUUAAAAUCGAAGCUUUUCUCUUUCUCGACUUGAAAGGGAAAACUCGCGAGUACAAUAAAAGCAUUCUCACCAGGUGUCGAUUAUUGCGCUCUUUUCAUUCGCUAUAUUUAUUUGUUAUGUUUGAGGACAUGCAUGGAUUAGUAACUUUAUCCAUGCGGCAAGAUAAAUGAAUAGGAUAGACGUAACGUUUUGCCGAUCCAACAAUAAGACUCCUUCGAAGUUGCGCCCCCACGCGAAUCGAUGACGCACCACUUCCGCUGGAUUUAUUCCGGCUGGAUUUAUUCUAGUCAUUACUAUCUGCAAUUGAAAUCGUGUACCGCGACGAGCUCGUCCUGCGUUCCCGUGAGCGAACCGCGUGACAGAAUUUGCCCUUAAUCCUUUACGCGCGCGGAAUAAGUUUUCUUCCGCGCGCGAGAACGCUCAGCUUCAUUAUACUUUCAUACCGAACGAUCGUGCACACUUUUCUGUCUCUUGUCUCUACCUCUCCUUCUUCGAAUCCCUAGUAACUACCUUGUAAAAAACAAGAAUCGCUGUACUUAAUAUUCUAGCUGUAAUCGAUGUUGCGUUCUUUAGAUUGGGUGUUCCUGGAUUUGAUUUGCGUCGACGAAGCGGUAAGCAAAUACGCAUUAUAUGCAAAUAAUUUCUCGUCCAUAAAGCUGAUUUCAUCGGUCGAUUAGAGUUGCGUAAGAAACAUCGUAGUGGCUUCGAACGAUCGCGCUUCCCUCUUCUUCCCCAUUUCACGUGCAUUAUGCGUUUUACGAUGUGGUGCACGUAAUGGUUUUGAGAAUCUUGUCAUUUAGGUCACUUUGUUUUACUAGCUCUAUCUACCCCAGACACGCAACGUGCACUGGGGUGCACUGCAUUCCCAUAAAAAAAGAAGAGAAAACACUUAUAUAAAAGGAGAUCAUGUAAAUCAUAUAAAGCGCGCGAUGUAGGGGUAGUAAAACUUCGUCCCUUUGCGUGUUAUAGACUAUCUUUAUCUAGAUUUAGCCCGUGUAGAUCAGGAGUGCGCAAUCCGUUUCAAAAUCAGAGGGAAUUAAACGAUGAAAUGUGUCGCGCGCAAUUCUCAAUAUUACAUUUGCAUAUAAUUAUGUCGCGAUAAUAAUACGUAGAACGAAGAAUAAAUUUCAAAAACUGUUUCUUUUGGAGCUUCGGAAACGAAACUGUUUAAUCGACCGAAACAAUCCUUCGUUCACAGCGUGAACAAAGUAUUUUUUAAUGACUCAUUAACCGAUAGCAGAUAGCAAAUUUGUAAUCCCGAAUGCCACAAACGGGUUUUCAUUUAUGAUGAUGAUAUCAACGUAGAAGCGCGGCCCCGAUUAAUAUUAAUUUAAACCGAAUAUCUGAGCGUGUGAAGCUUUCACAUUUGGAUUGUGCACUCCUGUUAACAGGUGGUAACCAAAGCGCGCCAUAAGUGACGAUAACAAGUUCUGUUAAUUGCGCUCGCGAUGAUAACACUUGAGAUAAUUGAAAGGCUUGGAGCAACGACUGGAGCUAACUCACGUAAAUUAGGCGAGAUCCUCAGGUUAUAUUUUUUUACAGGAUUAGCUUAGACAACUCUUCGAAAAAAUAAUCUCUUGAAAAAAAACGGACGCGAUGCAAUAUGUUCGAUAUAGGUAUAAUUGCGAUCGCGUCAACUUGAUUAUCUUUUCAUUUUAGCGUUGACGCAUUAUUAAAUAAUCCACGCACACACAAAUACGUUUAGUAAUACUAGAGUUAAUAAAUAAUUCAGUCACUGCAAAAGCGAAUCGUACCGUUGCUUGAAUUUGUAUUUCCGUGUCAUGUGACUUGAUAUUUUGUUGCUCCAAAUCCUUGCAAUUCUGCAAUGUAUGCGCAGACUGUUUUCCGAAUAAAUUAUAUAGUAUUUUGGAGAUGUAAAAAUGUGAGGCCCCCAAAACGGACGAGGCGAUUAAUUCGGUUAAUCGCAAAAUCCCGUUUGGUUAUCACCGACGUCAGAAUGAAGCGCGUAAAGUCGACCUGCGUCAUUUCUGUGUAUUAUAAAGAGAUUUAUUGCCUCUAGUAAAAACUCGUAAAUAAAAGUUACCUACUUUAACCCAGC